AUGGCGGAUGAUACAAAUAAUAAUCCUCAAGCCCCCAGGUUUACAGAGAAAUUAAAAUGCUGGUUCUCUUGGUCUUGGACCUACGUUUGUGCCAUUUGGUUGGCCAUGCUUUUAACUAUGAUUUACGUGCUACGAAGUCCGCUCAAGCUUCAAGAGACCGUUUCCGCAGCAUCUGUCUUUUUGAAUACGCUGACACCUAAAUUUUAUGUGGCACUCACAGGCACCUCCUCCCUCAUCUCGGGGCUUAUUUUGAUAUUUGAAUGGUGGUACUUCAGAAAGUAUGGCGCAUCAUUCAUAGAGCAAGUGUCUGUUAGCCACUUGCGCCCUCUGCUGGGCGGAGUGGAGAACAGCAGCUCAGGAGAUCUCUUCUCCUCAGUCAAUGGAGAUACAGAGCACAGACCCACUGUUUCAGAGUGCAAAGUGUGGAGGAACCCCCUAAAUUUAUUCAGAGGUGCAGAAUACAGCAGGUAUACAUGGGUGACUGGGAAAGAGCCCCUGACCUAUCAUGACAUGAAUUUAUCAGCACAAGACCACCAGACGUUCUUCACUGGAGACACACAGCAGCUCAGACCAGAGGACUCUGUGAUGCAGAAAGCAUGGAGAGAGAGGAACCCUCAGGCUCGGAUCAGGGCAGCCUAUCAAGCCAUUAAACUCAACCAUGAAUGUGCUGCUGCCUAUGUGUUGUUGGCUGAGGAAGAAGCAACCACAAUCUCUGAGGCUGAGCGUCUGUUUAAAAAGGCCCUGAAAAGUGCUGGCAAAGACACCAACUUGCUCGUGUACAUCAGGCGCAGAUUGGCCAUGUGUGCACGAAAACUGGGACGCGUCAAAGAGGCCGUCAAAAUGAUGAGAGACUUAAUGAAAGAAUUCCCCCUGUUGGGAAUGUUAAAUAUCCAUGAGAAUCUUCUGGAAGCCCUGCUGGAGCUAAAGGCAUACGCAGAUGUGCAAGCCGUAUUGGCGAAAUAUGACGACAUCAGCCUGCCUAAGUCAGCCACAAUAUGCUACACAUCUGCCCUGCUCAAAGCUCGGGCCGUCUCAGAUAAGUUUUCCCCUGAAGCAGCGUCCAGACGAGGCCUCAGUACAGCUGAAAUGAAUGCAGUGGAGGCUAUCCACAGAGCUGUGGAGUUCAACCCACAUGUGCCCAAGUAUUUAUUAGAGAUGAAGAGCCUGAUCCUGCCUCCGGAGCACAUUCUGAAGCGGGGGGACAGUGAGGCAGUGGCCUAUGCCUUCUUUCACCUACAGCACUGGAAAAGAGCAGAGGGAGCGCUCAACCUCUUGCACUGCACAUGGGAAGGCACCUUCCGGAUUAUUCCAUACCCUCUAGAGAAGGGUCAUCUGUUCUACCCAUACCCUGGCUGCACAGAGACUGCUGACAGAGAACUUCUGCCAUCGUUCCAUGAGGUUUCAGUGUAUCCGAAGAAGGAGUUGCCUUUUUUCAUCCUCUUCACAGCAGGCCUGUGCUCCUUUACUGCUGUGCUGGCUAUGCUCACACACCAGUUCCCCGAACUUAUGGGCAUUUUUGCCAAAGCCUUCUUCAGUACCCUCUUUGCACCUCUGGGUUUCUUCGCAGACAAGAUGGAGAGUUUCAUGCCUUCCUGUCUUCUGCAUCAGCCAGCAAGACUCUGACUGU